UCUGGAGGUUACCGGAGCUGGCCGGUCCCAGGCGGCUGCGCGGCUCCUCAAUAAUGCAGUGAGUCAAGCCCGGGAGAAAGUGUGGCGGAUGUCUGGCGGCGAGAGAAAGUGGGACCCGUGAAGUGGACUCUGGCCGGAACCAUGGUGAACACGGGGCUGCAGCUGAUCAGCUUCACCUGCGCCGUGACGGGCUGGAUCAUGGCCAUCGCGGCGACCGCCCUGCCGCAGUGGAAGGUGUCGGCCUUCAUCGGCGGCAACAUCUUGACGUCGGAGAUGAAGUGGGAGGGCAUCUGGAUGAGCUGCGUGUACCAGACCACGGGCCACAUGCAGUGCAAGACCUACGACUCCAUGCUGGCCUUGCCCCCCGACGUCCAGGCGGCGCGCGCCCUCAUGUGCGUGGCCAUCUUCCUGGGCUGGCUCUCCUGCACCGUGUCCUGCUGCGGCAUGAAGUGCACCACCUGCGCCGGCGACGACCGCCAGGCCAAGGCGGGCAUCGCCCUGGCCGGCGGCAUCCUUUUCGUGGUGACGGGGCUGUGCGUGCUGGUGCCCGUGUCCUGGACGGCGCACACCGUGGUGCAGGAUUUCUACAACCCCAACGUGCCUUCCAUGCACAAGCGAGAGCUGGGUCAGGCCAUUUUCCUGGGCUGGGCCGCCGCCGUCAUUCUGAUGAUCGGCGGGGCGGUGCUGAGCAGCACCUGUCCCCUCGCCAAGAGGCGGGGCGGGUACCGCCGGGGCUACGUGGGCCGCAGCUUUGCCAAUUCCCCCACUUCUGCUCCCAAUUUACCCAAAACCAUCACGCCCAGCAGCCUGCCGCUUAAAGAGUACGUCUAGGGCAGGGGUGUCCAAACUUUAUACCAACCAAUUAAACCAUGCGGGCAUCGUUUGGAUAUUUUUCAUUUUCAAACCAUAAUAAAACAUAUGGAUUUUUUUUUUUUUUACUUUUAGGGCUCCCAGGGACCAUAGAGGGUCUCUGUCAUUAACAUGUUAAAAAUAAGUCAUUAUUUUCAUUUUUUAUGUAAGGCUUACAGUACUUUAUAUCAACUUCAGGUUGAUAUAAAGUACAAAAAAAAAGGUUUUAUGCCUUUUCAGUCAAAGACAAGUUUGUUUUUUACAGUAAAUCUGAAGUAUGCAGUAUUUCUCCCAUUGCCCAAAACAUUCAAAUGUUUGAUCUGAAGUAAUUGGAGCCCUAAAAAGAUCAAUAAUACAAGACACCAUUGAUUUAAAUGUAUUAUUAUUUCUGAGUACUGUAUUUCCUUGAAUUGCCGCCGGGGCGCUAAUUAAUUUAAAACCUCUUCUCACUCCUGCGCUUACCAAGGCAUGCGGUAAAAGUAAGCAUGCGCUAAUUAUUCAAAAACCUCUUCUCACUCCGGCACUUACCAAAGGCAAGCAGUAAAAAUGUGAGUGUGAUGUAAGCUUGGACCUUAAAUCCUACUGAAUAGCUCUUAAUCUUCUUCCCUUUAUGCGAUUUCAAAUUACUGGUAUUGAAAUCAGCCUCCUCCAUUGUGAAAAUGAUGACGGGUGAAGUGUCACUCGUGACAUCACAAG